AAGAAAUCAGUGAGCUCGGCAGAGAGGACCUGAGGGUGCAGUCGGUCUAGAUCCACUGUGCGGGAGCGGAGAGGCGCGAUCACCACUUACUUGUACCUGGUCAACAACCCCCCUCCUCCCCAACGCAUUCCUCCCCUCCCACACACACACAACACAACAGUCCCUGUGCCACUGGUGGGAUACGGCCUCCGAUCCGCCAGCUCACGUUUUACUGCGUUGAAUCGAAAGUUUCGCCUUGCAAUUUCUGCCGUUGCCUGCCCUUGGACUUGACUGGUGUGCACUGGCAGACACCGCUCGCUGCACCCAUCCUCUGGCUACAGACACAUCCAGGAUAUCCCACUGGAAAAUUCACUGGGAAACUUGCCAUCGGAUCAUUAGGCGCGAAUACCGGCAGACUUUGCGACUUCUCCACAUCAGAGACUUUUUUUUUGAUUCGACAACUAUAUGAAUGGAUAACACGUUACUCCGAACCUCCGCUCCCUAAGAUCUGCCGGAGUUACGCGAGGAUUUUUGCCUUUCUUGUCUCUCUCUUUUUGGCACCGUGAUGAUGUACUCCCCGAUUUGCCUCACGCAGGUAGACGAAUUCCAUCCAUUUAUCGAAGCACUUCUCCCACACGUGCGUGCAAUUGCAUACACCUGGUUCAAUUUACAAGCCCGCAAACGCAAAUAUUUCAAGAAGCAUGAGAAGCGUAUGUCCAAGGAUGAGGAAAGAGCAGUCAAAGAUGAGCUGCUGAGUGAGAAGCCAGAAAUCAAGCAGAAGUGGGCAUCCAGGUUGCUUGCGAAACUCCGCAAGGACAUAAGGCAAGAAUACCGGGAGGAUUUUGUGCUCACUGUUACAGGCAAGAAGCAUCCUUGCUGUGUCCUGUCCAACCCUGAUCAGAAAGGCAAGAUGCGAAGAAUCGAUUGCUUGCGGCAAGCUGACAAGGUGUGGCGGCUGGAUCUAGUCAUGGUGAUCCUGUUCAAAGGCAUCCCACUGGAAAGUACUGAUGGUGAACGGCUUGUCAAAUCCUCACAGUGCUCCAAUCCCUUGUUGUGUGUGCAACCGCAUCACAUAACUGUAUCGGUCAAAGAGCUCGAUCUGUUUUUGGCAUACUAUGCUCAGGAACAAGAUUCAGGACAGGAAGACAGUCCCAGUCACAGUGAGUCCAUAAAAAAUACUCCAGGAAAUGAAAGGGAAGAAUCAGGGAAAGAAAGAGCUGGCAUGUUGAAAAGUCUUCUUCCUUGUGCAUACCUAGAGGACAGCUUUAUAAAAUCAGGAGUCUUCAGCAUUGGAGAACUUAUGCGAGUAUCGCGAAUGGCUAUAACUCAAGGAAGUGGGAUUAGUUACAACCUUGCAGAGAUUCAAAGUCAACCAUUCUACCAUGACAUAAACUCCAGCCUACAGAGGUCACUGUCUUCUCCACCAGGAAGCAAACGGCCUAAGACCAUCUCAAUUGAUGACAGCAUAGACACCAGUCCAGCUGGAGAAUUCUAUCCAUCCCCCAGCUCACCGACAAGUGUCAGCAGAACAUGGCAUGAAAGGGAUCAAGAAAUGUCAUCUCCUACAAUGAAGAAGCCCGAGAAGCCAAUAUAUAGUGACCCCACAUCUCCACAAGGUUCAUCACCACGACUGAACACUUACCCACCGCAUCAUCACCAUGGCAUCCCGGGACACAGUGUCAUCUCAACGAGAAGCCCACCUCCACCUUCACCACUACAUUUUUCAGCCUCCUCCAUUCUCCCUCCUGCACCCAGUAGUUACUUCUCUCACCCAACGAUCAGAUACCCACCGCAUCUUACCACUCAGGACACAGCAAAGAACUUUGUACAACUUGGCUGCGGACCGUCCAAUUCACAAACAAACCAGCCAAAUAGUAGUGGUCAAGUAGUGGGCAAAGUGCCUGGUCAUUUUACAUCAGUACUGGCUCCCUCACCCCAUCAUGGCAUGUCCAGACCCGUGACCCUGGCCAUGUCUUCAGACACUAAACCCAUCACUACAUCAAGCGAAGGUGAGGCAACAUCAUCCCCAUCAUCCACCUAUACAGGUUCAGGUACACCCCCAGCCAACCGGCAAUUUGUGGGACUCAGCUCAAGGGAUCCAGCCUUUCUACACCAGCAGCAGCUGAGGAUUUGUGACUGGACCAUGAAUCAAAACGGCAGGCAUUUAUACCCCAGUGCCAGUGACGAUACAUUGGGAAUUGCUUGGCAAAGUCCUGGUACUUGGGCUAGCUUGGUCCCAUUCCAAGUGUCAAAUGGGGCGACCAUCCUGCCAACGAAUGUUCAGAAUUACAGUUUAAACUUCAUCAGUGAACCCUUCCUCCAAGCAGAAACAACAAACUGAGGACACGGAAGAUCAAACCACAUCUCCGGAUUGUAAAGCAAAGUCUUCAGAAACACAGACUCACGAUCACCAAUUUCUUGCAAGCUUAAAAUCUGCAUAAAUGGUAUUUCAUCUGUGAUACCAAGAGGGUGAUUUUAGUAUUUGAUGGUUAGGUGACAGAUUAUGUCUAAACAACCAGCCUUUAUUGAACAAUGGAAUCCACUAGGGGACAAUUGUUUAAUUUUCAGAUCUGAUAAACAUUAUACACUUAUUAGCUUUUAGAUGUUUACGAGUUUGCAUGUAUAGGCAAUUAGUGGGGUUCAGGUAUCUUUAAUUUUUCACUCAGUCCAAGUGUAGUUAAACUACAGCCCAGUCCUCCUGGUUGAUGAGAUUUGAAUUUGUGAGGUGAAGGCUGGAUGAGGAAUGUACAUGUAAUUUUGUGUUUUCUACAAAAUCGUUGUCUGAGGGGACAAAAAGCCCACAAAGCACACAAUUAGUCUAUGCACACUAUGCUACUGCAGAAAACAAAACAAACAAAAAUAAGACUUGGAUGCAGUUUUAAUGAAUUUUGAUGAUUGGCUCCCCAAGCUGUUUCUGGUCACUGAACCAUUUUUUCCUUUCACUGUUAAUGCUUAGUAUACAGAUCUGAACAGAACAAAUUUUGAUGCAAGUCUGCAUUUGGAAAAGCACCAUAGUGUAGUUUGAAGCAGUAACUGUCCCUCAAAUUUUCAGAUGCUUUACAAGUAUCUGAACACAAGAAUGAAGCUCACUGAUAUAUUUAUGUUGCCCCCAAAAUGUCAGUAAUUAUUUUAAAGAACACUUAAGAGGCAAGUGCAAUUUAACAUAUCUGAUUAAGGGGAUUAAUGUAAGUCCUUAUGCCCUAGGACUCUAAAGAGGGGAUGCAAUAUAACCUUUAAAUAAUUCUGAACCGUUCUUAACGUCCCCUUCGAAUGUGCAUUAAUUAAGGAAAGAAAAUAAUGAAAUAUGGACACAUCCUGCUGUGACUAGCUUGCUUAGGAAAGCAAUUGAAUGGAAUUGAAAAUUCUGCACUUGAUUCCUAGUAAUCCAAUACCUCUGUGGAAUUAAAAAAAAAUGUAAUAUAUAUGUAUCAGGUGUGUCAGGAAAAAAAAGCAUGGCAUUAGCAGUUUCCGAAGACACGGGCGCCAAGGUGAAUUGGUGUCUCAUGGAGGUAUUGGUGAAGAGCACCGCAGUUUACAAUGGCAACAGGGAUGCAGCCGCUAAGAUUUUCCGCACUCUACAGUGUAAACGCUAUUUUUAAUCACAGGGUGCUGAGUAUUGCAUGGUGCUUUUCUUUAGCCUUGCUAUCUGCCUGAUAGUGCUAGUGGCAGGACACCAGUGUGCAUGGCAAGUCAAUUUUGCCUCUUCCGUUUCUCUAUAACUCUAAUAGACCUAUCCUUGAUUUGCACGAAGUUAUAUAGUCCACAUUACGUGCCUUGCCUUUAAGAUAAAACAGUGACAUCACUGCACACGUUUGCUGCAUAUAUUAUAGCUCAUCCUAUGAAAUUUACCAUUUGUAUGAAAAAAAAUUAUUUUGUACUCCAGAGGACAGUGUGACAUCACUAAUUGUCAAUAAUCAAAUACUUUGACUUUGUUAUCUCAUUUAUAAAGCAUAUCAUGGCUGUGUAUAGUUGGUGCUUAAAAUUUUUAAUCAGCCAGUAAUAUUUUUCAGUAUUUUUGGCAAGUUUUUUCUAUUAAUCUUUCAUGUUUUUCAUCUAUCAAUUACUUGUUUGGGAAUUUUUGAACAUAAGAAUUAUGCAAUACCAAGUUUUGUCUAUAUAGGUAAAGCUUUUAGCUAUAUUGAUUAUCACAUUAGUAUGCAGAUUAGGUGAUGUUAGCUUUUUUUCCAUUUUAAUUGACCAAAGUUGGUGCUGCUUUCUAUGCAGUAUGAUAGGUCCUUAAAAGAUGGUUAGGGGAGGAUGCUUAGGGGAGGGGGAAAUUUUUCUAAAAGAGAAUUCUACAGCACGGCUGUGAAGCAAAAUGCCAUUUGCCAGACGAAGGCUGCAAAGUAACUGUUCUGUCUGCUGUGACAAGCUUUCAACUUGGUCCUUCUAUUGACUUUCCACCUGGGGUGCAAGAUGAACUCAUUGAAUUAAAAAAAAUAUAUAUUAGAAAAAAAUGUUGUCUUUUUCACUGGAGACAGGCUUGACUUGAGCUUCAAUAUUAAUUAAGAGCCGGGAUUUUCUCUUGUGAAAAAAUUGACUUUGGCAGAGAUCUAUCACUCUGCUGGCCUUUAAUUCAAGAAGCAGAGCUGCAGGUCUUAAAUCUUCCAUUCAAUGUCCAACGUUGAUGACUCAACAAAGCUGGUUUUCCUCUUUGCUUUAGAGGUGACUUACUCUAUUCAGCUAGCAACUAGUUGUAGCAGUGAUUUAGAGGAGAAAUGAUCUUCCUUUCAUUUCUCUAAUGUUCUGCUCAAUUAAAACAAAAUGAAUCUUUUCCAUUCUCAUAGCACUUAACAUUUUGGCUUCCCAAAGCGAUUUAUUUUAUCGUAUAUUUUAUUAAUGACAUCAAAUCCGAAUUGUUCAGUAUCAAUUUGGCAUAAAACCAUUUUUUUUCGUUUAGCUAUAAUCUCAAUUCAACAUGUAAACUCAAUUUAGUUUCAAAUAUACUUUAAAACAAAUUAAACCUUUUUUUUUUACAUUAGCAAAAAUAUCAAAUCAACAUGUAAUCUCAAUUCAAUUUCAAAUAUAAUUUUUGACCAAUUUGAUUUUAAUUAACUCGAUUGAUCAUAAGUGGAAGAUUAUUAGAUGCAAGUCUAUAUAUUGCUUAAAUGCAAUAACAAAACCUGAGUGUUCUGAGGAAACUUGAGAACCCAGGUUAAUUUUUUUUUAAUAUUCUCUGAUUCUGAGCAAUUAUUGACUCUACAUCAAACUAUGUGUUGGAGAUUGGGCAGAACGACAGGGCAACUGAUUUGUUCUUAAAGUAACAAAGUCAAUUUACUCAGAAAACAAAAUCAAUUUCAAGAGUAGUGGAAAGGGAAAUUACAGCAACAUUUCCUUAUAAAAGCAGGGUUAUUUCUCCAGGAAAUUGCAGUGAGUGGAGGAUAGUUUUCUAUAAAUUAUGUGCCUAAAAUCAGUCUCAGUCACCUACAGCAGUAAGAAGUCGAGACUUGAUUCACAGGGGAAUUCCCCAAUCAUUUCCACUGUACCUGAUUAUCGCAUUGUUACCACGUGUUGCCAAAAUUCUAUGCCCGAAUAACCUUCCUGUUCCGUUUAUCUUCAUAAGAAGAGGGGGUUAAUGAAAGGGAGGAGUUUGAAAGUCAACCUUAAGGGAUCAGAGGGCUUUGUAACUCAAGUCAAGUCUGCUCUCCUCCUUCGCCAGGAUGCCAAUUCUGACAAACUAAAGUCACCCCGUUCCAUGUGCACUGUUUCUGCCUUUUGCUUCAAGUGCUUUGCAGCCUUGGCCAUUUCCCCAGCGUGCUGUAAACGUUAAGGCGCAAUAGAUUGGGGAAAAAAUAAUAGCAAAGGAGACUUGUAUUGAAAAAAAAUCUGGCAAAAACAAAUAUCUAUAGCAAUAGCUGUGGGAGUAUGAUUCAAAGCAUGGCAUCUCAGUGAAUAAGUGUUAGUAGAUUUGUUAUGGUUGUGUAAUGUGAGGGGAAACAAAGAGGGGUCUUGAAAAUGAACCACCUGCCUUGCAGACUGUAAUUUGUACACUGUAUAGUUUUGUUAAGAACAUUUUAAAGUAAUUACCCGUUUUUGUAAUGCUAACAUUUUUUAAAUGAGUUAAUUGGGGGAAGAAAUAAUUACACUGGCUUUUGAAAGACCAGUUUAUUAUACCAUUUUUAAGAGAAAAAAAAAAUCCUGUCUGGAAGCUGGACUUGAGUUAAAACUCUCCAGUUGCCUAAUUUAUAUAUUACAAAAAAGACUGUCCAUAUGCUGAACUUGUGUAAUCCUAUACUUAAAAAGUGUAGGUUCCUAAUUUUUAAUCCAGUUUUAAAUGGAGAAAAGUUAUAUUUUAUGAAGGUUAUUUUGUUGUAUUUAGUGUUGAAAAGGUUGGUUUGCAGAAGCAUUUCAUAAUGUUGGAAGGAAUACUGUCUUUUUAUUAGUGUGUAUGGCCUACAGUAAAAGUUUGUGUGAGUUUAAAUGUUGGUAUUUAUGAUUAGAGAGAAAGUGCACAAGGGGUUUGACAACAAAUCCAGUACUGGCAACCCACCCAAUGAAUGAACCCAGGGAGAAUUCCUGAUUGAUCUUGUACAGUGUUGAAACCACACUGGAGUACUCAGGGAGUCUUCCUGGGGCCUCUUGGCUACGGCACUGGUAAGGAUUUUGUUUUUGUUGCACACCACUGCAUUGCACUGGCACCAUACAAAGAUGAUAGAAAGAUAUCCCAUAUACAGUGUACAGUAUUCUGUUUUUGAAAGGACAAUGCAAUGUUGCUGGCAGUUAGGUCCCAAGAUAGAUACCAGACAAGGUUUAACUUUUCCUGUUAAAGUCUGCUGCUGAUAAUAACCAGCUGCAUGCUUUGUGGAACUUCUUCCAAUUUGAUAGCAACAUUUAUUCCUGCUUAUCUUUAAUGUGUAGCACAUGCAAGUUCAGAAGGAAAACAAGUAAGGAAAUGGAUUAAGAAAGGGUGCUGAUUAACUCUUUCAUAUUUGCACUUUUAAAACUAAUUCUCCACAUACCUUUCAAGCAGAAAAUUGCUCUUGAGCAUUUUGUUUUCAUUUUCUUUUGUUUUGAAUUUUAUUCUUCCCAAGCAUGCAGGUGGCAGCUGAUCAGACUUUACAGGAAUAUGCAGCAGGACAGCCAAUGUCAGUGGUUUUUAACUGAAUAAAGGUAGGUCUGGACCACUGAUGUUGCUUUGUUCAGACCUGCAAAAUAGCAUUUGCACCAGUUCCCUCUCGCGGGCAGUGUUGGGGGAGGGUGGGUGGUGGGUUUGGCGCAUAUGCCAUAGCAGCAACUUAUUGUACUGUUUCCAUCCCACAGUGCUUUUGCCACUUUGUUAGUAGUUAAAGGGGACAUGUUGGAAAUGGUCAAUUUUCACCUUUUUGUUGCAGCUUUUUUUCUUACAGGAUGUAUUUAAUAGAAAAAAAAAGUUUUGAAAAAACUUUCUCUAGGUUUGAGUCUCUGGAAAUAUCUGUAUUUUAAGAAUUUACUGUAUGUUUAAAUUUGUAAAAAAUGGUCUCAGUAUCAGUGGUGACUCUGUCACCGCACUCAAAAAUUGCCUAACCACUCUGAUAAAAUCAGUGUUUUCAAUCCAAUCAUCCAUGAGUUUUGAGCCAUUUGACCUUCUUUUCAUUACAGUCUUAAUAUUAUUUUUUUUUCCUGGUUAUGAACUAUUGCAAAGAUCCUUCUGCCGAUUUAAUGGAAAUGGACUGGAUUAAGAUUCCAGAUGAAAAACCCCCCAGCAAUAACCCCCCAUUAUAAAUUAUUGGCUAAUUACAUUUGGCAGUGUAAGCUGGCCACAGCAUUUUUCUUUCAGCCCAUGAUAUUAUUUACUUCUAAUUAAAAUUAACAUUGCUGACACUUUUAGCAAAUCAGGCAGUGUACAUGGAGAAGGAAAGAUGGCGACACUUUGGGGAUAAACCUUUCCCAGAUUUCUGGAGAAGAUAUAUAUCUGUACUGGAGAUGAAUCUUAUCUGGUAGUCUGGGAAAUGAUUAUACCAAAACCAGUCCUUUGCCAGAGUUCUAAUGAUUAUCUGAAUGUUUCAGCAUUUACUGUUUCAUUUGUUUCAGAUUUCCAGCACCUUUAGCACUAGUUUGAGUUUUGAUUUAUUAUUUACUUGUUAUGUGUACAUCAGCAGUUCCUAAAUUAAACUUGCACAUUGAUGAUCUACUGCUAAUACUGAGGCGUUCUAUGUAACUAAAGUAGGGCAGUGCUUUUGAAGUAAGGUUAUCCUUCUUGAAAUGAUAAGAAUCAAAUGUAGAUGUUAAAGAAAGCAUUGUUUUGUGAUAGGUAUGUGGUUUUGAGAAGUUUUAAACUCAUAUGGAUAGUUAUGACCGAUCUUGUUAGAUAUACUGUACUAUUGGGUGGGACCUUCUGAGGAAUAGUUUCAAUAAGUGCAUGUAUAAUUAGAACAUGCAUAAUAGAUAGUUAGAUAGACCACACCCUGACUCUAAUAUUCUCUCUUCUAAGGUAGUCAGCUAAACAGCAGAUCUUAGCAUCCCUUCUUCUUCCUAAAGCUAUAGGGAUGACUAGUCAGAACAUGGCAGAAUUAAAUUACUUCCCUUGUGCUGCCUGGCUGGACUGAAAAGUUCAAUGCUGUAGGAUCUGUCCUAUCUGCUGCAACAAAGCUAGACAUUUCUCACAAAUGAAAGAGGCUGCAAAGUCUUUGUGUUUAAGAGGCAGCAGUCAGGUCCACUGACACUGAAACCACUUUCAUCACAGAACUGUUGUGUUUCUAAAGAAAUAGCAUGAUGCAUUUUUAUUAUCAAAACUGUGCUGCAGGGACUGAUGUGUAUUAUCAACUGAAGGAACUUUGUUAUAACCCUGGUCACUACAGCGUUGUAUGUUCCAUAUAUGGAGACCUUGGGAUAUUAUAUUGAAUUAUGUUAAUGCAAAACGAGGAUUUGAAUAAAAAAAUACCAGCAUACGUUUACCAAAAAUGUCAAACAAGCAGUGCCUGUUUAAUCUUGCAGUCUCUGUUGAGUUCAGUUGUAAAUCAAUUCAUUCAGACAACUUGUUUUCUGCAAAAUGAUCCAACUUGCAGAAUGUAAGGGUAAAUCCUGCCUAGCUGUCAGCUUCCAAGAGCUUGUUUACCUGCUCCAUAUUCACAAAGGUGGUUACACAUAUAUAUAUUGCAUUGAUGUGUGUAGCAGCCCAAAUACCAUUUAAGUCUUGACACUGCGCAUUGUACAGAUAUUCUUUUCAUUGCGAGUGUGGUUCCCAGUCAAUCUGCAGAUGGGAAUUCUGAGAGGAAGGGAAGGGAGCCCACUUGUAAGAACCUUUUGAGAUCUUUCUCUUGAGAACAACUUUUGUAGGACUGUGUGUUUCCAUAGAUACAUGAUGCUACGUUUAGUACAGUAGUAGGUAACAAGUAGUCAGUAAGUGCUUGCUAGCCACGCACCAGGGUUGUUCCAUUUUGAAACUUGUGAUGUUUUAGUCCCGUACGUAUUGCUAUAGUUGCCAAAAGAAACAAAAGAAAAAGAUAAUUGAAUUGGCCAUGGGUAGUAUAGUACUCUUGUUCAGCGUGUUUGAGUCCCGGAGUUCAGGAUGGUUUAAGCCACUGAGAACUCUUCAGUCUGCCCAUUAUAGAGUCUAAACCUUCACAAGUUUUAAACUGGUGUAAAUUCAGCUUGACUUAUGUGAUUGUAACUGUUAUAUCCAGCCUAUACUGCUAGCAGCUGCUCAUACUGCAGUCAAUUACUGGAAGUGGAUAUGUUUCCUAUGCAAAUAAAGAAAAAAAAACAAUUUAAAAAUAAAAAUGAGCUAUGCUACAA